AUGCCUUCGAUCGACCUCGCAAUGGCGCGAAGCCUUGAACCCAGCGCCUGGGAGAAAGUGUCACACAGCUUGGCUCGCUCGGUCGUCUCCCAGAUGGAGAGCAGAAAUAUUAUCGACUCUGUCAGUAACAAGGUCACGGAUAUUAAGACGGCCCUCUCGAGCUGGGACAACUGCAUGAACGCCAACUUCUGCAAAUAUCCUGUCAUUGCCAUCAUCGCUGUGGGUGGUUUGAUCGUUCUCAGUAUCCUCUACUGCUGUGCUCGUUGCUUGUGUCUUGGAAAGGCCUGCUGCUGCAGCUGCUGCAACUGCUUGAAGUGCUGUGGUAACUGCUGUGGAUGCUGUGACCCCCCGGAUGGCAAAAAGAAAUACCUCGACGAACAGUUCGCUCCACAGGACCAAGGUUACCGGACACAGCCCCCCAUGCAACCGUUCGCGCCGGUGGUGGGAACUACUGCACCACCACAGUAUGCUGAAUUCGACGUAUCCAAGCACAACGAGGAUUCACUUCCUCAAAUGCCUAGCUGGGAGAACUCUCAGUCAAAUAAGGUGCCAAACAAGGAGCAGGAAUCGUUGGAGAUGAGCAACUUGAACGCGACAUCAAUGGCCGGCGGGGCCUCCUCUGUGUCGGGCCGCUCCGGACAGGACACGGACAACUACGGGCCCAGCUACUCGAAGCCCCAAAACCCGUACGAUUCCCGAGAUGCAUACGACAUGGAUCAUUCCUAUGACAUGCCUCCUCCAGCCAUCGGUGGUGUUGGAGGAAGAAACUCGCCCGGGCCAGCUGCUUAUCGCAACCAGAACUCCAACUCUCCUUACCACGAGAUGCCUACAGAAUCGUACGGUCCUCAAAGCUCCUAUGGCCCCCUUGACAACACAUAUGGCCAGCAAAACUCAUACCGUGGAGUUCCUUCCCCGGCCCCUAUGCGCCAAAACACAUAUAAUAGCGUAAGGACUGCCAGUCCUGGUCCGAACUACGGUGGCUAUGGCAGCCACGCCCAAACAAGCAGCCCCGCCCCGUACGGCGGAAGCCCUCAGAUGAGGAACUCUCCUGGGCCCCAACAAUCUCCGGUUAUGCCCGCGGGAAACUUCGAUAACCACCAGGCCUACAGCCCAACCAGGGACAACUUUGGACAGGAUAACUAUGGCCAAGAUAACUACGGGCAAAUCCACGCCCCAACCCCUCGAACAUACACCCAGUCUCCCCGGCCAAUCCCAGUCCAGGAGCCCUUCCACCAGCGCCAGCCCUCGUCACCCAUUGUUAACAACAGCGGGUUCGACUUCAACUCUGGCUACACCCGCCCACCGAGCGUAGACCAGCAGGGCGCCGGCGGCUACCCCGGAUACAAGCCGUACAGAGCUUAA